GCCGCCCGAUUACGCAAUAACCCAAACUUUAAGGCUGAUCACUGGCCAAGGUACGUUUUUCCCACCAGAAGUCGAGCGUAGGAUCUGAGCCGAAAAAAAACAAUCAUGUCUGGAAAAGUUAGUCUUCACUACUUCAAUGGGAGAGGGAAAAUGGAGUCAAUUCGCUGGCUCCUGGCAGUGGCAGGGGUGGAGUUUGAUGAGUACUUUCUCACGACCAGAGACCAGUAUGAAAAACUCUUAAAUGAUGGAUCCCUCAUGUUCCAACAGGUUCCCAUGGUGGAAAUCGAUGAUAUGAAACUUGUUCAGACAAAAGCAAUCUUGAGUUACAUUGCAGAGAAGUACAAUCUCAAUGGAAAAGACAUAAAAGAACGUGUCAAGAUCAACAUGUACUCAGAGGGACUGAUGGACCUCAUGGAAAUGAUCAUGAUGCUCCCUUUUCUCUCAGACCCAAAACCUAAACUGGAUAACAUCCAAAGCAAAGCAAAAGAGCGCUACUUGCCUGUGUUUGAAAAGGCACUGGAUGGACCUGUGUACCUGGUUGGAGGCAAGCUAAGCAGUGCAGAUGUGCUGCUGCUUGAAUGCACCCUGAUGCUGGAGGAGAAAUUCCCCGGAAUCCUCGCAGACUUCCCAAACGUCAAAUCCUUUCAGGGCAGGAUGACGCAAAUUCCCGCCAUCUCAAAGUUCCUGCAGACAGGCAGCAAGAGGAAGCCGCAGCCUGAUGAAGUUUACGUGAAGACCGUCAUGCAAGUGUUCAAUGUCACGUCUCUUCCCUGAACUCUUCAAAAAGUACAUUCCUCUCAAAGCCAGCAUUGUUGCCGAGUCAUGGUGCACAAGCACAAUACAAGUGCCAAAUGGCUUAUGUAGAUUAACACAGCACUAUCCUCCUGAAACGAACCAAUCUAAUACAUGUGAAAGGCACCUAUGUAAUGUUUUAUAACAGAAUGUGGUUGAUUGUUAAUGCAAACUAAAACUGACCUUAAUAAAUAUUCUUGGAGAUCA